AUGGCGGAGGCAUCAGAUCCAGGGCCCCCUAAGGUAUCUAUAGGGGCCCCUCCUGGGGGCCCCCCUGAGCAUAACAGCGGUACCCCUUCACCAGGAGGAUCCCCCGAAGGGCCCCCCCAAGGGGCCCCUGAAGGGGGCCCUCAAGGGGGCCCCCUUGAGGGCCCCCAAGAAGGGGACAAUAGGAGCGACCAUGAGGUGUAUAUGGAGGCCCUUAAGGGUUUAGAGGGGGCCCCUAAGAUGAAAUUAGGGUUAGAGGAUGUUAAGAAAGUUGCUGCUGCAUUAGGAAACCCUCAGGAUAAAUAUAAAGUUAUUCAUGUUGCUGGAACAAACGGAAAAGGGAGUGUUUGUCUAAAGGUGGCUUCUUGCCUAAUGGCAAAAGGUAAUUAG